ACAAUCUGUCCUAUCUGACGGUGCCUCUGCACACAGUGAUCAAACUCACACCCGUGGCCUAUGGUUGUAGGGUGGAGUUUGUGGCUCUUGACGUGCCAGCUGUUAACACCCACAGGGACAGGCCCCAGAAUGUCAAACGGUCACGUUCAACUUGCGAGGCCUUGGGGACUGUACCUGAUCACAAGUGA